CGCACACACUCAGCUCUGCUCUCAUUGGUUGCGGGCAGGAGCGCCCAUCCAAUCACACCGAUGACACCACUCAAGUCAGUGACAGUCUGUAGGCCGGUGUCGUAGAGCCUUCGCUACCGCGGAGCCGAACGGAGCGUGAAGUUAUGCAGUGCUAAACUACGCUGGUCAGUGCGCAUCCACGGCGCGGGCGCGAGUGGAACUCAGAACCUUGGAGAAACAAGCAGGCUAGCCUAUGAAUUUGCUUGCUCUGCUCUACGUUUCGAAAUAGCGUGGCGUUCGUUUUCUUGGGUGACUGAUACCACUAGCUCCAAGCCUUUUUAUCUAAACGUUGUGUGUUAUCGUUCAAUAAGAACUGGCGUUUCUCACCGUCAUUUGAGUCUACGGUCUUGAAUGAUGGAAAAUCUUACUGCGAAGCAAGUGGUUUCGUACCUAUCUCAGGCCUGCCCUGAUGUUGCACCUGAAAGUAUCAAGAAAAUAGAAGAUGCUAGGGUUACUGGCAAGAGGGCUGUCAAAUGGACUCUUUCGGACUGGUCUGCAAUGGGUCUAUCUUACGGUGAUGUCGUCGACAUCAAGGCGGCUAUCCAUGAUUAUAACGAUAAAUUGCCAGUUGAUGACAGCUCUGAGCUGAAAAAGACAUUUCAGGAGAGAACUGCAUCGACACUAGCUCAAGAUGAAACAGUAGCAACCUUAGGGAGUACAACAACGACUCUCGAUGGAACAUCGUCAACAGUGACUCCAGGGGAAUCAAGUCCCGGUAGUGAACAUGGAUCUUUUACUGACAUGAACUUAAGUGACUACCUUAAUGAAGAGGAUUCGUCAAGUACUGUCAGCUCUGUUGAUGGUUUUCAAGGCGUUGAAAAUUACUUUACUGCCCUUGAGAUUAAAAAAAUGAGUUCUCAUCAGAAAAGAAGUUAUGUUUCAGCAAAGCAAUUAUAUGUUGAUGCAACUAAAUUAGGUCUGCAUCCUAAACCUCCAUUUUUUAUGAUGCCUAAUCGUUUAGAAUCUUCUGAACCAAAGAAACCAGCUGAGAAGAGAAAGGUUUGUCUUGAGCAUGAGUCAACUAAUUCAACAACCAGCUUCUGCAAUACAUCUAAGACCCAAGAUAUUUCAAAUAUUGCCUCAACAAGCAACUCAAGAGCAGGCUGUAGUCCACAGAGUUCAUCAGCAAGUGGUAGCAGUUCCAGUUCAAUUACUGUUCCAACAAGUAACUCAAGAGCAGGCGGUGGUAAACAGAGUUCAUCAGCAAGUGGUAGCAGUUCUAGGCCUAGUAUGCAGAGACCAUCGACAAGUGGCAGUAGUGCAGGCUACCGUAAACGGAGUUCGAGCAGUUCUUUCAAAUAUCUGUCAAAAAAGAAGAAGACUUCUAUAAAGCGACCCAAAGUUAGACUCAGUGAAGCUGAAUUGAUUGCAAGCCUGCCAUCUUUUGAUGUUGAAUCUAUCUUGGGCAGCAUGAAAAAACCAGGGAUCAAAGCUGUCAAGAAGAAACUUGAUAAGGAUGGCAUUGUUUAUGACAAGGAUAGGAAGUUACUUAUGCGUGUGCUAACAAGAUGGCUGCAUUAUGAACAUGUAAAAGAAAUAAAGCUAGUGACUAUGGACAUGAAGGAGGGACUCGCUGCCAGCAUAGUGCAUAAGUAUCCCCUUUUCAAGGAUAGCCAUCCUACAAAACCUUCUUGGUGGCGGAUCUUGGACAGAGAAGGGCCAGCAGGAUUCAUCGCCAACUGCUGUGUCAAUAUUCUUCGGAGUGCGGACCCGUCGGAACGCCUUCGUGGCGGGGGAAAGAGAAGUGAAAGUAGAGUAUCAAGUGAUGAAGCAGAAGAAGAGGAGAUAGAAGAUGAUCCAAACAAUGAAAAUGCUUAUAAUGACAAAAAUGCUUCAUGGAUGAACCUGACAAUGCCUUUUGCUGCUAACAAGAAGUCUCUGGUGAAAGGCAUGCAAGAUUCAUUUCCAGUGAGACGCAAAUGGAUUCUUAAUAUGCAACCUACAGUGGCUCAAGUUUUAGCCAAAUACCUUCAUUUGAUGUCCUUUGGAGGUGAAAUGCUUGUGCAAGAGUUUGAGCUCAUUCACCCCGAGAAAGGUAAUCUUUUCACCCAAAACUUUCCUUUGCUAAUGGAAAAAUUGGAUGAACAGAUUCAAGAAAUGACCCUUGAAACUGACAUUGGAUUAGAUGAAUCAAAAGUCUUGAAGGCAUGCAUGCUUAUAGCAACUGCUUUGCCACGACCUAAUUUGGCUCGAUUCAGGAGGUACGGACGGAACAAAGCAAGGGAAAGUGUGAUGCCUCAGUUAGAAGACUUGGUCCAGUUCAUUCCGGUGGGAUGCAAUGUUGAAACAAUGGCCAGAGAAAGAAGAGAAAAUGCUUCUGGCCCUGUUCAGCCCUAUCUAUUAGCUAUGGUGCCUGACAAUGAAGUGUCCAAACAAUUUUUAGUAGCUGACAGUAAAUUUAUUGAGCUGGGGAGUAAUUCUCUAAUGUUUGGAUUAGAUGUUCUAUUUAAAGCAUACCAUGUUUUUAAUGCUGAAUAUCCCCUGGGAUGGAAAUCUUUCUGGGAGGUGGUGGAGCACGGGGUUCUUGGCAUAGAGAAACAUAAAUUGUCCAACGCUGGAAAGGAAUUUUUUACCCGCCAUGGGUUUGAUUUGUAGCUUGAUUUCAGUGUUUGAUUUCUCAAGCCUUUUUCUUUGAUUUUUCUGACUAAAUAUGAUGGUGUCAUUUUGAAUUUUGAUAAUUUUUCUUCAUUUUGUUGAUUUUGUGACAGUCCUUUAUUACUG